CAGGUAUGUUUGUGCUAUUCAUCAGGAUAUGAUUCUAAAAAUAUUUUCUAUACAAUAGCUAUUUCAAAUCAGCACAAGAAUUGAGGUAUAUUGAAUUGGGCAGGCCAUUUCCACGAGUUAAAGUUGUUUCUUUUAAACAUUCGGAUGAUUUUCUAUUAUCGAAGAAUUCUAACGAUAAACCGGUUGAUAGUCAAUUUGAAGAUAAAAAUAGACAAUUGUUACCUGAACAUAAUGCGGAUACUACUACUACUACUACUACUACUACUACUACUACUACUACUACUACUACUACUACUACUACUACUGCUAAGAUAACCAAAUCAUCUCUCCCAAUCUAUCCUAUUGCUUAUCCAUCCUAUCGUACACUUUUCAAUCCUAUAAAAUGUAAAAAAGUUGAUGUACCAAAUGAAUUGCUCAGUGAAAGUUUAACAAAAUCACAAGAUUCAAUAAUAAAUGACUGUUCAUCAACUACACUGGAUGAAAACCGUCUACACAUGAUAUCCUCGAUAACAGAUCCAUCGUCUUCAGUGGAGUCAACUGAUCAUAUGCCUAAUUGUUCUGUUAAUUGUGCAACAGCAUUGAAUGCUAUUAAUACAGCAAUAACUGUAGCUAAGGCUAGACGUGCAUCAACAUCUUUGUCAUCACAUAAAAACUUAUCAAUUAGUAGUGAGUCAGAUAACGUUGUUACUGCUGUAGCUUCGAGUAUUGGUAGUGAUGGUGGUACAGUUGCCUCUCUUCCUAGUGUUCGUGGAGGCAGUGGCGUUGGUGGUGUUAGUCACAUUCAUACUAGUAGUUUAGAUCGAUGGCAGAAUUUAAAGUGUGAAAAAUUUCCUUCUUUAUCAUCUGCUAAUUUAAUGUAUUCUGAUUCGAAAUCACAUACACUAGCGUAUUCACCUUCGAUUGGUUACAUGCAGAAUUCUUUGUCACGUGUUACUUCAAAUCAUAUCGUUGGUGGUAAUAAUGGUGGUAGUGGUGGAAGCUUUGCAACUGUUACAUCACUUCCAUCGGUUCGAGAACGUUGUAUCGAAAAUAGCCAGUCGUCUAGUGUAAGAAUGAAGGGGAGUGGUGUUUUAUCAAUUCCAAUGUUAUCUAAGACCCCGAGAAUAAGAACACAAAGUUUCAGUGGUGAACAACGAGCAAAAUUAUCACAUUUUGAUUCUGGUGUAAAAGAUAUCCUUACCUCUGUGAAUAGUACUAAUUAUGUGUCAGAUGCGAGAGAUAAUGUUAAAGCUGUUUACCAGCGAGAAAGUGCUCUUUCACGAUGUCAAACAAUGGAUGUUAUGUCAGAUGGACAACAGACGCAUUUAUCUGUUUCAUCAGGUCCAUGGAAUGUUGUCACUCACCAAUCAUCAUUACGUAAUUCUUAUUCUACGAAUCGUCAUACUGGUGUAUUGUCAUUAUCCGAACCACCUCAGACUCCACUGCAACUAGGUAAUAUUGCUCAUCGAAAAUCUACAAUGACACUUUAUUCAACCACAGCUACAACAACUCCCUUACAUUCAGGAAAAUAUACUUCAAACUUUUACUCACGUAAUUCAACAAGCUAUGCAGUUAGUUCACUCAUCUCUGGAUCUUAUUUCCCAUUUGGUUUGAGUAAGAAAUCAUGCAGGAUCCCUGUAUCUGCUGGUCAGCGUAGGUGGGCACUUGUUCGUCCAUCAGAUGAGUUUGGUAGCACUAUUACACCUCAUUCUAUUAUUACAUCGACCGAUGAUAUUGAUUUCAUGUGUCCAACACCAAUACCGUAUAAUCUUUGUGAGAUUUGGGCGGCAUAUUUCGACUUUUUACGUGCAUACUUGAAAGACAAAAGUGAUUCAGAGGAUAUGGGACAGUUAUGUAAUACAAACUUAUUUGGCCUGAAAGGUACUGGCACCACUACCAAUAACAGUAAUAACAACAGUAGUCAUAUAUCUUCAAACACUCAUCAAUUCAACUUGUCUAAAGCUAAUGUGUACAGAUCUCAGAAAUGUUUACCCAAUUUUAAUGAACGUUCUCAUGAAAAUUUAAAUGGCAUACACAAUCGUAUACCUCCGCCCGCACCACCACCACCUACUCCGUUAUCGUCUCAUCGACGUUGUCAUCCUCACUAUCAAAAUAAUAAUGAAAAUAAGCAAUCUAAUAAUGCAGUAUCACUGAAAGCCAAUGCAUGCAUGAAUAAUCAACUAAUACUCUCAGUAUCACAGCAACACGUGUCCGUUUUGCAUGAUCGCCUAGUAAACUUAUCACAGUUAUCCGAAAAUUCAUUCAAAGCUUUACAAGUUCUAUUGGAAUCUGUGAAGAAUGCUAUGUCUACUUUCUCGUCCACCAUCCCAGCCUCCUCGUUAUCAUCAGUCUUAACGUUAUCAAAAUCAGUAUCAACUCUACCAACAUCCGGAUACUUCUACUAUAGAAAAAGCCAAAAUUUUCUGUGUGCUAAUAAUAACAGUACUGAUGAUCAAAAGUUGUUCGGUGUACAUAUGAAUAAUCGUAAUAAUCUGUAUUACAAACAAUUGAUGCCUAAACGUAUAGCUGGUCUACGGAAAAUGUUGGGACGUAUUGGUGUCGAUUGGAAAUCGUUAAUAGUACCAGCUUGUUUACCAGUGGAUACAGACUACUUUCCAGACACUAAUCGUCUUCGGAGUGAAUGGUAUAUACUACACGAUUACCGUGUUGUACCUAGUGGUAUGUCGCCCGAUGAAUGGGCAUUAAUGAAUAAUGAUGAUUUAGAACCUGGUGCUUAUUACAACCGUCGUCAACUGACGGCGCGUGAAGUUUUUCAAGAAAUGGUACUUCAGAGAAUAAGUCAAGGAUUUCAACUAUGCCAUGAAGUUGUUCAGCACAAUCCGACUAGCUCUAAUUCAGUUGAGCAUCAUCAUUCCGUCGCCAGUAUUAAUUCAUCGAAUAGUACUGUCAGUAGCAGUAGUAAUGGCAGUACAACUAAUAAAAUUUUACAGAAUGAAAAUGCUUCAAGUAACAUUUCACCCAAUGAUAACAAAUCUCAAAAUAAGUCACUACUUAAACAAAACUGCGAACGUCGAGAUCAGAGGAAUAUGACACGCACUACUCCUCACAUAACAUACAAUAAUAGGAUUUCAAAUACCACCGCAAAUAGUGCUUCACCUGCCGUCUCUAACACUAAUACUAGGCGGAGUGGUAAUGUUUUGACUAGUCGAAACCCUGGACCUCAACUGAUGAAAUCAUCGCAUCAUUGUCAUCCAGCUCGGAUAUCAUCCAAGGUGAACCAUAACAAUAAUCCUCAAUGCUUCAAAGGCUCAUGUAUGACAUCAACACAUAGUGGACGUGUACUAGGCCUUGGCUUGUCGACAAACUAUCCAUCCAAUAGAAGUGGAAAUCAGUCAACAGCCAGUGGUAGGGGAGCAGGAGGAGGGUUAACAGCCACAGCAUCAAUCGGAUCAAGAAGUAUUCAUACUGUUCAUAACAGUAGUACAACGAAUUCGAUUUUAAGUCCAUUAUCGAAAUUCGGGGAUACUGAUAAGCUGUUAAAGACAACUCGUAAAUUAAGCAUUGGUCAUCUAUUCCAUUUGAUUGCAUUGGAUGAAGAUUCAAUUGCUGUGACAAGUUACCGUCAAAUAGAUAAACUUAUCAAAAUUACAUAUUCGUAUGCUUUACAAGUACCAGAUGCGAAAUCGUAUGUUUCAUUGCAAACAAACUUCACAAGUGAUUCAACAGUUAUCCUCAAUUGGAAUUAUUUAGACAAUUACUUAUGCAAUCGUGGUAUCAGUGAUUCUUUUCGAUUGCUACCGAAUCUCAAGUUUUGGAGAAGUCGUUUCUUUGUAUUACCGGUUUACAGCAACGAGACAAAACGCUUAACUGAGGCUAUUCGAGACAAUACAACUGGAUCACGGAUCCCAUGUGAUGUCUAUGAGAUGGAUUAUAUCAAUAUGAAUCGUGAGAAAACUUGUGAAAAAUUUGUCCAUUUUGUUGAAUCAAUUAAUCGUAUUCGACGUACCGUUCUGCCGAGCCGAAAACUUAAUCGUCAGUCUGCUACUGAUAAACCUGAUAUCCAUCGUGUAAAUACUUGCAUUAUUUCUUGUGGAAAUACUCUGAGUGACUCAUCUAUGCCCACUACUCCUAUGUACUCUGUGAGUGGCAGUCACAAACCUAAAAUUGGUUCUAUUACUAAUACAUCAACGCAUGCACGGGCUUCAGCUGUAUCACCUAGCACAAUUGGAUCUUGGAAUGAACCCAGUGACAGUAGUAAUAGUAAUCAUACUAGUGUUCAAAAUAUUAGUGGAAGUAGUAGUCAGGUGAAUAUUACUCCAACAGAUGAUUAUCAUUCUACUACAUCUUUGCCUAGUUUACUUGGAAUGUUUUAUCAAACAUGUGAAGAUCAAUCAACUCCUAGUCAAACACCACAACAUUUAUCUACUGGUAGUGCAUCAGCUGUGAACCUACGCUUUCUUAAUUCAACAGUUAUACCUUAUUACAUGGUAGCACUUAUGAUGGCUGACAAUGAAAAUGGUUUGCCAUUCAUUUCUGUGACAACUACUAAUGCUUUCCCAGAUUACACCUUUAUUUCUAUUGAUGCAGUCAACUGGAUAAUUAAAUGGUUCCCUGAUAUUGGAACAAUUGAACAAGCUGUUAUUUACCUACAGAAACUGAUAGAAACCGGUUGGAUAUGUCAUACAUCUGGAAAUCGUAAACAUGCAUUCAUCUACGGAACAUAUUUCUAUACACUGCUUAUACAGGAUUUGAAACAAGCAAACUGUUGUGCACAAGUUGAAACAUCCCUUAGUCUAUCUGCACCUGACUGUGUUGACUUGAAUAUUCAUUCUGCUCCAGUAACACCGAUUCAGUCGAGUGCAUCAAUCGCAAAUUACACAAUCGGAUCUUCAGCCAAUACAUCACAGUCUAUAUCGGGUUUGACGUCAUCAGUGUUCGUCUCAACAACAACCACAAUAACAACAGCAUCAAUGUGUACAGCGAACAAUUGUUUCUCAUCCUCUUGUUUCUCUUCUACAGCUAAUACAACAACAACUAUGACAACAGCAACUAUUUCUGCAAAUCUGGCGAGUGCUAACACACUUGGUGGUAAUGUUAACUUACCAAAUACUUUAGGUAAUACUAAUUCUACUACUCAUAUUAAUAGUAGUGGUAGUAGUAUUAGUAAUAUUGGUGCUUCAGUUACACUAACAGCUUCUAAUUAUAUGAAUGCAGCUGCUAGUUCUUCUAGUAGUUGUAGUGUAACAACCACUACAGGCAAUUCGACCACUGGAAGCAAUAACAUUAGCAGUGUUGGUUAUGGUAAUUUACCUUUGUCAACAACAAAACAAAAUGAAUUCAAUAUAAAGUCAUCUGAUGUUCUAUUGAAUUACUUCGGAAGCCUACCCAGUAUGGAUUUAAAUUUACAGAAUCAACAGCAACAGCUACAACAACCUUUAUCGUUUCCUAAAGGUUAUAUACCGAAACUAUUGGAUGAUACUACUAAAUGGACGUGUAUUUUUCAAAAUGAAUGGGCUGAAAUUGCAAUUGUUUAUUAUGGUACAGAUGAACAUCAACGUAGACAACAUAUUCGUCAUGGAAGAUGUAUGAAUCUCAAUGAUUCAUUGAAUACUACUACUAAUACUGUUAGUAGUAGUGAUAAUACUCUCACUUCACGCUCUACUGUCACAGUUAAUACUACAUCAAAUGAUGCUUUGUCUUCUUCUUCUGAUUGUGAUUUUAAAUCUCAAACACAAUCUGGAAUUUCUGCAGAGUUAAAAAAUUUUAAAAAAGAUGGUUUAUUGAAACAUUCAUUAAUCUCUGGAUUGUUUGGAAUACCUGACAAAACUGGAUUUCAAGAAAUUGAUCAAAUUCUGCGUAAAAGUUGUCUCUGUGAUAUGGAUGAACCAGAUAUUGAUGGUCGAGUUGAAUGGGCUCAUUGUGUGUAUGAUGCAAACUAUCAUCCAACUUGUGCUUUUUCAAUAGAACUUCAAUGGCUUGUAGUUACAGGUGGACGAAUGGCUGAACUGGUAUCUUUAUGGCAUCAAAAGGCGUGUACAGCUAACCUACACUUCUUUCCAGUUCCAUGUUAUCCAUUUAACCAAUCAAAGGAUGACUUAUCGGAUAAGGAUCCCCUGCGUAAACCAAUAUUUGUACCUGUCAAUAUCAGUGUAUUAAUUGAUACUGCUAGAAUAUUUUAUGAACAAUCGUCAGCAAACUAUAACAUUUCACUAAAAUCCGAAAAUGAUAUAAAUCCGCAUAUGAAUGUGUUAGAAUUAGUGAAUUAUUUAUUUCCUGGUCUUUCACAUGCGGAACGGUUAACCUGUAUUCGUUGUUUCCAAGAUUCUAUACUUAGAAGAUUCGGUUUCAUCAGUGAUAGUUGUGAUAAAGAUCGUUUGAACUAUGAAUUACACGGUCAAUUUGCUUUUAAUUCCUGUUGUUCACCGAAACAGUGGAUUUACGUACAUUGCAGUGGGGGAAUAUUUGCUCUGAUACCAUUAUAUGAAACCACAGAACCAGAAGUUAACGAUAAAACAAAAGUCAGUUAUGACACCUCAGAACCUCUGGAAGUUCAUAAUACCGAAGGAUUAGAUAAUAGUAAUGACUAUCUACAAGGUGACAAGAAAGUUAUAAACAUGAAUAUGGCGGAAAAACAAUUAGAUUACAGUGUAAAUUGUUAUUUAUUGCAGAAAGCUAUAGGUUACUUUUGGGCAUGGAAUCAUAUGUUACCAAGGCGUUGGCGUGGUCAUCUAACUGGAGAUGAGUCAUUCCAAGAUGGUAUGUUGGCUGACUUUAGAGCUUUUCUGAAUGGAGAAGAUGCUCGUUUAUCUCAGUAUUUUGUUCAAUUUUUGAAGUCUUUAACUUUACAGUCAAUGUAAACCAAUCAAUGCAAUAAACAUCUGUGAAUGAUUUGUAAUAUGGAUAUAUUACGGGAUCAUCAGUGAUGUUCAAUAUCGAUAUACUUUUUAAAAAGAUUUUAUCAUCAAAAUAGAGCCCAUUUUUGAUACUAUAAUGCUUUUUGAUUUAACUUAACCAGGAU